GUGCACCGCGCCGCCCGUGCAAAGAUGGCGGCUGAGCUGCAUCCGCGCAGCGGAAAACUGAUCGGUUUGUCGAACUCCAAUCGAACCGCUCAGAGAAAUCAGCCGGUACAGGAAUUUAAUCAUGGCCUGGUCCUCAGUCUGGAACCGCUGAGGGACCGCGAUGUCUUCACCGUCCGCAUCGAUAAGAAGGUAAACUCUUGGAGUGGUUCUAUAGAGAUCGGUGUGACUGCGCUGGACCCAGCCGGUCUGGAGUUUCCCAGCAGUGCCACAGGACUGAAGGGGGGCUCGUGGAUCGUCUCGGGCUGCUCUGUGCUUAAGGACGGCCGCUCGGUACUGGAGGAAUACGGUCGCGACUUGGACCAGCUGGGGGAAGGGGACCGUGUGGGAAUCCAGCGCAAUGGGAAAGGAGAGCUGCAUCUGUGGGUGAACGGGCAAGACUGCGGCACGGCAGCCAGCGGACUUCCUUCACGCCUGUGGGCUGUAGUGGACCUCUAUGGGAAGUGUACCCAAGUGACUGUGGUAAGCUGUGAACCGCCACCUGAAAUGGAAGGGGAAGAAGAGGAGGAUGUGGAGGAAGAGAUGGUGGCAGAUGCCUGCCGUAGCCACGAUGGGGCUGGAGCUGUUGUGUUAAGUGCAGCUGGUGCUUCAACAGUAGGGAUGAACGGAUCAGCGGAGGAAGUGCCUGAGGCCUCAAGGAUGCACAGUCGACCAGACAAAUUUACAAACAACUUUGAGCCUGACAGUGUUUUAACUGAGCACCAGUUAUUUGAUGUGUUCAACAAUGCCAUCGUCUCUCUGUACCGUUCAGAGGACGAGGGUGGGGAUGAUUUGGGGUUGGGAGGCGGAGGCUCUGACUCUUCAAGGGGCGGCACAGCAAGUAACGGUGGAGGCAGAGGUACAGGAAGUGACAGCGGCAUUGGAGGCGGAGUCCCAGGGGAAGGCAGUAGCAGCAACAGCAGUCCAGCAGGAAACUCCGGAGGCGUGGCGGGACUGGGCGUGGCCACUGCCAGCAUGACAACCAAUGAUGCGUUGCUGUUUCACGAAAAGUGUGGCACGCUGAUCAAACUAAGCAACAAUAACAAGACGGCAGAGAGGAGGAGACCGCUGGACGAGUUUAAUAAUGGAGUCGUCAUGACCAACCGACCACUCAGACACAACGAAAUGUUUGAGAUACGUAUCGACAAACUAGUGGAUAAAUGGUCCGGUUCUAUUGAGAUUGGAGUGACAACCCACAACCCAAAUAAUCUCGACUAUCCUGCAACAAUGACAAAUCUACGCUCAGGCACAAUCAUGAUGAGUGGCUGUGGGAUUUUAACCAAUGGGAAAGGGACCCGUCGGGAAUACUGUGAAUUCAGUCUGGAUGAGCUCCAGGAAGGAGAUCUCAUAGGUCUGAUGAGGAAAGCCACUGGAGCUCUGCACUUCUACAUCAAUGGCAUUGAUCAAGGUGUUGCGGCCAAUCAGACCCCUGGUGUGGUAUAUGGAGUGGUGGAUCUCUAUGGCAUGGCUGUUAAAGUCACCAUUGUCCACAACCAUAACCACAGUGACCGCUUACGACGCAAUAAUGCCAUCAUGAGGGCACUUUCUCCUGACGUGGGCCGACCUCGACCUGCUCUCUCAGUGACCCCUGAACCCGAUAUCUCAGAUCGCCUGCUCUUCCAUCCUAACUGUGGGCAGAAGGCUGCAAUAAUCAGUGAAGGCCGGACUGCUUUACGGCCUCAUGCGACGGAUGAUUUUAACCACGGUGUUGUGCUUAGCAACCGUCCCUUGCACUCCAAUGAGGUUUUUCAGGUGCGCAUUGACAAAAUGGUGGACAAAUGGGCCGGAUCGAUAGAGAUUGGUGUGACAACUCACAACCCCGCUUACCUUCAGCUACCAUCAACCAUGACCAACCUGCGAUCGGGAACUUGGAUGAUGACAGGAAAUGGCGUUAUGCAUAACGGAACCACAAUUCUUGAUGAAUACGGCCACAACUUGGAUCGCCUGAAAGCUGGAGAUACAGUUGGAGUUGUCCGUAAGGAGGAUGGGAGUUUGCAUUUCUUUGUGAACGGAGUGCCUCAGGGUCCCGCGGCCUGGAACGUUCCUCCCAGCGUGUAUGCAGUGGUGGACCUGUAUGGACAGGCUGCUCAGGCCACCAUCAUGGAUGAUAUGGCUGAUCUCCCUCCCCUGCCCGAUGACAGUUCUGAGGGUCCAACAGCCAUGUCCCCCGGGAGCCCGUGUUCUAUCUCUGGAGCCGCAGCUGCCAAUGACCUUCGCUUUCAUCAGUUGCACGGCACCAAUGCGGUCAUCACUAACGGAGGCCGAACAGCACUUAGGCAAAACUGCCGCAGCGAGUUCAAUGACGCCAUCGUUAUAUCUAACAGGUCCCUUCGAGAUGGAGAGCUCUUUGAGAUUGUGAUUCAGAAGAUGGUGGAUCGCUGGUCGGGUUCAAUAGAAGCAGGAGUGACCGUGAUAAGACCAGAAGAGCUGGAGUUCCCCAAUACAAUGACUGACAUCGACUAUGACACAUGGAUGCUGAGUGGCACAGCGAUCAUGCAGGAUGGAAACACCAUGAGGAACAACUACGGCUGUGACCUGGAUUCCCUGACCACAGGUUCGAGGAUUGGGAUGAUGCGUACAGCAUCUGGAGACCUACAUUACUUCAUCAAUGGGGUUGAUCAGGGUCUAGCUUGUACUGGGCUACCACCAGACGUGUUUGCCGUGAUCGAUCUGUACGGUCAGUGUGUGCAAGUAUCAAUUACAAGUUCAUCCGGCCCGCUAGAUAACAGCCUGUGUACCAGCAACAUCACAGAGAAGAGCUUCCCUAUACACUCACCAGUGGCAGGGGUCGCUCAUCGCCUCCACAGCAAACAUGGUAAGAACGUGGUGUUAUUAGGAGAUGGCUGUCAAGCACUGAGGGUGGGAGGAUAUGCACAUGGAAUUGUCUUCAGCGCUAAAGAGCUCAAAACAGAUGAGCUGUUUGAGGUGAAGAUUAACAAGGUGGACGAAAGAUGGUCUGGUUCGCUUCAUGUGGGUUUGACCACACUGCAGCCCCAAGACCUGCCAUCGUGCCCUCUCAGCGGCCUCUCGCCUUCUCUUACCCAGCUCAGGUCAAAGGUCACCUGGGUCCUUGCCAGCUCUGAGGUCAGACGCAACGGAGUGCUGCAGAAACAGAACUAUGGCUGCUCUCUGGAACGGCUCACGGUGGGAAAUCGUGUUGGAGUAAAGAGAUGCAGUGACGAUACCAUGCACAUCCUUAUUGAUGGAGAAGACAUGGGACCAGCAGCCACUGCAGUGGCAAAGAAUGUGUAUGCAGUUUUGGAUCUGUACGGAAAGGUGACGGCCGUUUCCAUUGUCAGCUCAACAUUAGUGGAGGAUGCGGAGAGCGUGAAAGCUCCCUCGCUCUCAUCUGACAGCUGCAGUGAGGGAGAGGAAGAUAACACACCUGUCAGAGAGUGUGAGAAUGAACCGCCGCUGGUGCCCAUGGUCAUGACAUUUUUGGAGAAUCAUGGGAAGAAUAUCCAGCUGUCCAAUCAGAACCUGACUGCUGCCCGGGUGUCCAGCUACAACCAGGGACUGCUGGUCACAGCGCAAGCUUUGCCCCGCCAGCAACUCUUCCAGUUUCAGAUAGACCGCUUGAAUCCUUCAUGGACGUCGUCUCUGUCGCUGGGUGUAAUCGGUCAUGCACCAGAUCGCCUCAACUUUCCUUCCACAGCCUGCUGCCUUAAACGCUCAGUCUGGCUUCUGCAACGAGACUCGGUUUUCCACAAUUCACUAAAGAUUUGUGAGAACUAUGGUCCUAACCUAGACACCUGUCCUGAAGGGACAGUUUUGGGGCUUUUGGUUGACAGCAGUGGCUGUCUCCACUUAUUUGUUAAUGGCAUGGAUCAGGGCAUGGCAGCUCAGGACAUCCCCAGCCCUUGUUACCCAAUCAUUGACCUUUACGGCCAGUGCGAACAGGUCACUAUAGUGGCUAACCAUGUGCCAGUGGUUGGCGGCGAGAGUGGGGACAUGCAUUGUCAAGGCGACAUGGAGAAGGCUGAUAUGGUGGAUGGUAUCAAAGAGAGUGUGUGCUGGACGCCGCCUCCUGAGGUGAACCCAAACAAGACGUGCGAGUAUCAGGCGCUCUGCUCCAGAUUCAAAGACCUUCUUACUCUGCCUGAUGGUUACUUUAAUGAAGAUGCAAAGUAUAACCUGUGUUACUGUGAGUCCUGUCACAAACUACGGGGCGAUGAGGCCUAUUACAAAAGAGGAGAGCCUCCCAGGGACUACGCCCUGCCGUUCGGCUGGUGUCGCUUCGCGCUCCGUAUCAAGACCCACUGCGAAGUGUCCAAUGCCUUCAAGAAGUGGCACAUUGCGUAUCACGGCACCAAUGUCGGCUCCCUUAGACGCAUCCUGGACCACAAUCAACUCUUGUCUGAAUCGUCCUCCAUUUUCUCUUCGUCCCCGGUGAAGACAGAGGGUCACGGCAGCUACGGGGAGCCAGAGGAGAACAGCGCCCCAGAGCGCGAGAUCCCCUGCGUGCAGCUUUCUCCGACCAUGCGCUACUCUGGUCUGGAGGGCUUUGCCCCUAAAGUGCAAUUCCGAGACCCACGUUCCCUCCGCUGUCACCAGGCGCAGGUGGGCUUCCAGGUGUGCGUGCGGCCAGGCUCCUACAAAGCAGGGCCGUCGUCGCUGGGAAUCAGCGAGCCCCUGGAUCCUCGAUUCAGCAAUGCAGAGAUAGAAUGGAUCACUAAAGAGAAAGGGGGCACGCUUCUGUACGGCCUCCUCAUACGAGUGGAGUAGAAGUGAAAUCAAACUCACUAACUCUUAUAUCAACCAAAUUUUAGCGGAGGCCACCCCCCCCCCCUCAGACUUGUGGAGGAUUCCAGGCUCAUACAUCGCUGCAUGAUGUUUCAGAUGUACUUUUUUGUUUGUUUUGAAGGAGGGUGAUGGUAAUCCCCAGAGACAAAACACUGCCUGCACUUUAUGUUCUGGUGGGCGAAUUUGAGUUUUUCUCAUUUAAUUCACUCAGCAGGCCCUCAAUUCAUUUCCACCCCUUUUUUCGCUCUUUUCAUUUAGCUUUAAAUGAACGUGUCACCCCCUCUGUGAGCCCUCACCUUCGACAGAAAUGAACUGGUCUGAACAAACACUAACCACUUCUUAGCACAGCCCUGGAUUUUUAUUAGACUUUUCUUAAGACUUGCAACGGACACAUCGAUCUUGAAUAUACUGUCAAAAUAACAAGAAAAGACAAUGUCAAGAAACUCACAGCCGUGGAAGAGCCUGCAACGUCGCGUAUUUUAUCGAUUCAUCUGUAUACUCCACAGAUUUUGCUCUAUAUUUGGUUCUCAUUAUAGAUGUUUUUGAGGUCAGAAUUGACAUGAGAGUAAAUAUAGUGUUUUAAGAAACAUUCAAAGUGUUCAUUUAAACAGCUAAAUUAAGAUGUGGAACAGAUGGUGAAUACACAGAUAUAACUCAUCUUGGUUGAAGUGGGAUUUUUAAAGGGAUAGUUCACCCAAAAUUGAAAAUUCAGUCGCUUACAUGCUGAUCCCACUAUAUAUAGAAAUCCUAUUUUCUGUCUUCUGGAACAGAAAAGAUGUUUAAAGUGACAGUUCACCCAAAAAUGAAAAUUUUGUCAUCAUUUAUUCAUCCCUUUGUCGUUUCAAACAUGUAUGCCUCUUUCUUCUACAGAACAAAAAAGAAGAUAUUCUGAAGAAGUUUGGUAACCAAACAACGGCGGUACCCAUUUACUUCUAUUGUAUGGACACAAAACCAGUGCAAGUGAAUGGGUACUGCCGCUGUUUGGUUACCAACAUUCUUCAAAAUAUCUUCUUUUUUGUUCUGGAGAAGAAAAAGUCAUACAGGUUUGAAAUCACAAGAGGGUGAGUAAAUGAUCACAGAAUUUUCAUUUUUGGGUGAACUAUGCCUUAACGGAAAGCUAAUGCUUCUUUUUUCCAUAUAAGGAAAAUGAAUAGGGACUGCUCCGGUCACUGUUUACUUUUAUUAUUUGUAAGAAUUCUCUAACACCUUACUUCUAGAUAACUCCUUUUCGUUUCAUGUGAAAACUUAAUUCAUAUAUAGUUAAUUAAUAUAUUCAUAUAUGAACAGAGGGGAGUAAAUAACAUUUUUGGAUCAUUUUAAUUUUUUGGAUGAAUUGUUCCUUUAAGAUUUCCCUGUCUCAUUCAUCCCCCUGGAGGAGAGAGUUCAUUACGCCUAAAUGUAUUUGUGAGGUGUCCUCUUCCCUGUUGUCUUCGCGGUAUGUUGAAGGGACUUGUGCACUGUUACCCAUUACUUUACAUGUCACCUGAAGUUCUGAUGAGUUACGUUAAAAUGGUUCACAUGUUGUUUACACACGGGUUAUGUUCUGUCUCUUUCCUCUGCUACCAAGUAACUGUUCAUUUAGCCCAUUCGUUUACAUUCUUUAAUAUAAGAACCAGGAGCUGUUUCUAAAUUUAAUGCUGGCAGGUAAAAGAAUAGAAUUGAAAGGUCUGUUCAUGUUUCACAUUCAAGAUCCUGUUCAACAGGAAGGACUGUUCAUUUCCUCUGGAAACAUGAGGAAUUGUGGGAAUUGGAGUUGUCUGCUCAAUUUCCUGGGCCCAAGAUUGGUGUUUACACUGGGAAUGUGACUUGUUUUUAAUAUUGUUUACUCCAUGCUAGACAUGUUGCCAUGUUUUUGUUUUCUCUUAUGAUUGCACAAAUCUAAGCCCUUGAUGGAAAAGCAAAAUUAGCUCUCCUGAUUGUAUCUAGGCUUUCUAAAGGCAUAUCUUCUCAUUUAUUAGGGUUUAAUUUUAAUUAUUUUGUUGCCAAGAUGACAUACUUGAGUGCACAUUUUACAUUAGCAAUCCUUUAUUGCCAAGGGCGAUGUCUGAAUGGAUGCUUGCGGUGUACAUCAUCAAAUGUGAAAACAAGGGGUUCAUGUUUGGCCCAUUGCUGCUUUUUCUGUUGUAUUGUUUAUGUUUGUUAUUUUUAUGUCGUUGUGUUGUACAGCCUGUUACAUAACACUCACAUUACCUUCCUGGUUUGUAAGAAAAUAAAAAUGCAAAAAAAAAGAGACAGUUAUGCAC